AUGUCAUUAUUCCUAGACCCAUACUCGGCACAAACCGUUGAUGAAGAAAAGAUUGGGAUUGCCAAGGUUCAAUUCGAUGCGAUGAACACAACGUUCAAUACAAUGUUACGGACGUGUCUUGAGAAGUGUAUACCGCAUGACGAGUACGGUGAAUCCGAUUUGAACAAGGGAGAAAUGUGCUGUAUCGAUAGAUGCGUUGCCAAGAUCCAUUUGAGCAAUAGGCUAAUAGGUGGGUUUGCCCAGUCGAGAGGAUUCACACCUGAGCGUCAUCUACCGUACGACAGGUUUGUGGACCAGAAGAUAACUGCCAAGACAAUAACGACUCCUAUACCGACUAGUAAAGAGGAGGAGCAACAAUGA